AAAUGUCAGCAGUUUGCUUGCCAAAAUCCUUAACAGAUUCCUGUCUGUAUAGAAAAUCUAAAUUUGAUGAAGCCACAGGGGACUGCCUUAAAACAACACUUUCUAAAACAGUUCUUUCUUUCUCACAAAAACAUAAACUGUAUCAUAGCACAGGCAGUUUAAAUGAAUAUGGCUAUCAAGAAGGCAUCAUUCAAGCUAUAGAAGAGUAUGCUAGAAAAGUAGUGGAUGACACCUUAGAAAUGAGUUUGGAGUCUGCUGUUCUCCAAGCUGCUGAAAGCAGAAAAAAUGGGGAUAGAUUCACUUACACAGAAAAGUUGUCUCCAUUUUCUGGAACAGCCUGCAGAUACUGUAGUAUGAAGGAAUAUCAGUAUUGUACUGGAAGUUCAUCUCCACACCUGCCUGGGCAAGAACCCCUCCCUAGAAUCAGGCAGAUCCCCAAAUCAGGGUUGGGUGGUAUCUGUCAAAAAUCAAGAAUUUUUCACCUUGAUAUUCCCAAAAUUCACAUUGACAUGGAACAGAAGACAGUAUUUUCUGAGAAGGUGGUUGGUGCAGCUAUUGAGAAAGCAGAGAGAGAGCUGAGUAACACAAGUCUGACAGCUGAUAUUGGUAUUGGACAUGGUGGAGUCAGCUUUGCUGAAAGCCUUACUACAGAAAUAAUGACAUCAGCUAUGACUAAUAUUGGUCAGGCUGUUAACAUAAGGUAUAUUGAAAGAAAUGAAUGCCUUUAAAUAUCUUGGUAGAAGAUGCAACAGAAUGUAGUUGAAUUAGUAAAUGAGAAGGUACAUUAACAUCUAGUUCCUAAUGAAAAUAGAUUUUACAAAGAUCAAAGUGACUUCAAAUAACACCAUUUUCAUGUCCAAGUGCAAGACCUAUCUCUUCAGCAUAGUUUUUCACUGAGUAAUAAUUAAUAACAAUGUAUUUCUCUCAUCAUGGCCUUGGAGUGAGAUCUGUUUGGCAAUAAACUAUGUUUUAUUUGCUUGACUCUGAGAUGGUCUGGUGAUGUAUAAUGUAAAUACCUAGAUGUGUUAACGUACUGUGGUGGUGCCUAAUAGCUCCAACCAGGCUACUCCCUAGUUUUUCAAGGCAAAAUUAUGAUGAGUGUAAACACGUAAUAAAUGAUGGUCUCUGCCAUGAA